AUGAGUUUUUCAGAAAUUUCAUCAUGGACUUUAAGAUUGCACACCGAUGCAGUUGAAUUUUCGCCUUCUGGAUCUCAGGCUUUGAUAGGAACAUAUGAACUUAAUGAAUCUACCCGGGAGCGCUAUGGAAGUGUCAUUUGUUAUGAGAUUUCCCCAAAUCAAGCUAACAAAUCUUUUGAAAUUGAUCUCCCCGGAGUUCUUGAUCUAUCGUGGAUGUGCCCCGAUUUAUGCCUCGUGGCCUCGAGUUCGGGGGAAAUUUACACAAUCCAAUCGCAUCCCUCCCAACCUCUUACUGUACACAGUAUUAAUAAGGUUUCUGAAAGUUUACUUCUUUCAAUUGACUUCAACUCUAACAAAAUAGUAACUUCGGAUGCGGACGGAUUUAUUUAUCUCAUUAAUGCUUCCGACAAUCAUGUCAUUUGCAAAUGGAAAGCACACGAAUAUGAGCCUUGGUGUGCACAGUUCAACAGAAAUGAUGAUUAUUUGUUGUUAACAGGGGGAGAUGAUUGCAUGGCUCGUGUUUGGGAUCAGCGUGUCGGCUUUUCUCAAUCGGUUUUCGAUCAGAAACACGAAAUGGGUGUUUGUAGUCUCUAUGGAGUUCCAAUGCAUUCUCACUUGAUCUCUACCGGUUGCUUUGAUGAGAAGUUGCGUCUAUGGGACCUUCGAAAAACAAGGAGCGAUAAGCCCGAGGAACUCGUUGUGUUCCACAGUGAAGGCGGCGGUGUUUGGCGACACAAGUGGUCUCCUAACGGUCACCAUGUGCUGAUGGCCUGUAUGCACGCUGGCUUUGCAGUGGUUCAUGUUACGCAUUUCGGAUCUGAUGAUUUAAAACCCGUUGCCACGGCUGCAUUUUAUCGACCGACGGAAAAACUCGCCUACGGUGUCGAUUGGCAAAUCAAUAAUGGGUCUUCGGAUCAGUUUGAGGCUCAGAUAGGCACUUGCUCAUUCUACGAUAAUUGCGUCUCCUUUGCUACCUAUAGAGAUUCAACUGCUUGA